CCCGGCCGGCCCGCAGCUGCUCUCCACGCCCAUCUUCUACGCGAACGGCCCGCCGCACAUCGGGCACCUCUACUCGGUGCUGCUGGCGGACGCGCUGCACCGGCACCGGCAGCUGCGGGGCCGAGGAGGGCGCCUGGCCACCGGUCAGUGGGGGGGAGGCGGGGGGGAGCGCGGCCUGUGCGCGGCAGUCCAGGCGCAAGGCCCCUGCCCCGAGGCGCUUGCCGUGCAAAAGCGGAGUGAGGGUGGCGGAUGUUGCGCUGGUGGUGGUGGGUGGUGGUGGUGGUGAUGCUAUCAAGGCAGAGGACAAGAAGGCGGGUCCCCGCUCCCAGGAGCUUCCAGGCAAAAAUCGCUUUUCUUUUUAAAAUGCCUAACGCCGCGGGCUGCCGACUGCAGGACUCUCCUGGAACCUCCCGGGGACUUCUGGCGUGCUGCUGGGUCGGGAAGGAGGGUGCAGGUUGCUGUUAUAUUGUUGUUAAAUCAUGAUGGCGCUCCCCGGGCCUGUGGUGUCUUGCAGAGUACAGGAAGGCGGGUCCCUGCCUCAAAGGGCUUGCAGUCCAGAAUGGCAUUUGCUUUCAAAAGGAACCGACGAGCACGGUCUGAAAAUCCAGAUGGCGGCGGCGGCGGCGGGCACUUCCCCGGAGCGGUUCUGCGAGCGCAUGUCGGCUGAAUUCCGGGGGCUCUUCCGGCAGGCCGGCAUCUCCUACACCGACUUCAUCCGCACCACAGAGCCGCGGCACCGGCGAGCUGUGGGGCACUUCUGGGCCGCCCUGCACGACCGAGGCUGGCUCUACCGGGCACCCUAUGAAGGCUGGUACUGCACCGCAGAGGAGAGCUUCGUGGCUGCUUCCCAGGUGGUGGAGCGCCCGGACGCCCAGGGCCGGAGGCAGAUGGUCUCGCUGGAAAGCGGCCACCAGGUGCACUGGACCCAAGAGGAGAACUACGUCUUCCGGCUGUCCGCCUUCCGGGAGCCGUUGCUGAGGCGCCUGCGGGAAGGUCGCCUGGCGGUCACUCCGGCGCGCCCCUUUGGCCAGCAGGUGCAGCAGUGGCUGCAGCAGGACCUGCCCGACCUCUCGGUGUCUCGCGACCGGAACCGGCUGGGCUGGGGCAUCCCGGUCCCCGGAGACGGGACGCAGACCGUCUACGUCUGGGUGGACGCCCUGGUGAACUACCUGACCGUGGCGGGCUACCCCGAUGCCCACCAGGAGUGGUGGCCGGGCGCCUGCCACGUGGUCGGCAAAGACAUCCUCAAGUUCCACGCCGUCUACUGGCCCGCCCUGCUGAUGGCCGCAGGGCUGGAGCCGCCCGAGCAGAUCCUGGUGCAUUCCCACUGGACCGUGCAGGGCCAGAAGAUGUCCAAGAGCCGGGGCAACGUGGUGGGCCCAGCCGCCUGCUUCCAGCGGUACUCGGUGGAUGGCUUCCGCUACUUCUUGCUGAGGCAGGGUGUCCCCGAGCGGGACUGCGACUACUACGACGGAAAGGUGGUCAAGCUGCUCAACUCGGAGCUGGCGGACGCCCUGGGCGGGCUUCUCAACCGCUGCACGGCCCCCGGCCUGAACCCGGGCGGGACCUACCCGGGCUUCUCGGAGGAGUGCUUCCCCAGGGACGGGAGGGGGCCCGGCAGGGCUUCGGCAGAGGACUACCAGCUGGUGGCUUCCGUCCAAGCCCUUCCCCUGCAAGUGGAGGGCUUUUUUGAAGGCUUCCAGAUCUACAAGGCUUUGGAGGCCAUCGCGGACUGCGUGAGGCGGACGAACGGCUUCGUCCAGAGACACGCGCCCUGGAAGCUGCAGCGGGAGGACCCCGCGCAACGGCCGUGGCAAGAGACUGUCCUCCACGUCGCCCUGGAGUGCCUUCGGGUCUACGGGACCCUCCUGCAGCCGGUGGUCCCCGCCACAGCAGCCAAGCUGCUCUCCAGACUCGGGGUGGGGCCCACAGAGAGGUCUCUCAGGAGCCUGGACUUCCUUCCUCGCUACCGGGGGGAAACCUGCCCCUUCGAAGGGAGGCCUCUCGGAGCGGACACCGGGCUUCUGUUUCCCAGGCUGGAGAAACCCACAGAGGGGGGCCACGGGGCUCCUCGAGGGUUAAACAGGGGCUGUUCCAAAUAAGAGCUGUGGGGCCAGGAGGGGGGGGGGGCGAGUCUCCUGGCGGUGGGCCUUUAGCUGGGGCCUUGGCAGCUCUUCUGGUGUUGUUUUGGCAGAGGGAUGCUGGCCUGUGUGUCUAUCCCCUCCCCAGUUUAAUUCCCAGGCGUGCCCCAGGCAAUACCACUGCAUGCUCCCUCUGACCCUGGCGGAGAUACACAGCUGUGGGGCUGCGGAUGUGCUACCGAUGCUCUCGCUAGCACCCACUCUGCCACAAGCUGUGUUCCUUGUAACAGGAAUUCACAGACACCACUGUUGAUGACAACUCCCGCCCUCCUCGAGCGAAGGCCAUGGCAGCAGGGGAUAAUGGGAGCUGUAGUCAACAAGGAAUCCCUCCAGGCAUCGCUGUUGCAGGGCUCUCUGGUCCUGCCUGUAUCACCACCGGCACUCAUCCCGUGAGGAACAGGUCUGUGUGAAGCAGCCCCAAGACACCUGACCCGCCCCGCGCCCACAGGCCAGUGCCCCCCCCCCCCCCCGCAUGGGCGUCUUGCUGCUGGAGUCCUCCACUUCUUUGCCGCCUCUCAAAAGUCAGGGAGAACAAAUGGCAAAACUGCAUCCAAAGUGAUUUGUGUCCUAGACUUCCUAAUUGCUGAAGGAGAUUAGAGGGACUUCUGCAGCAACGGAGAGUAGGAAGAAGUGAUUUCUAUUGAUUUCUUGCUGACAGAUGAAAUGCCACCUCUGCGAAUGUGCAUGCAGUUUAUGGAUGCUGUAAUAAAAGUCUCUCUUUAUAGCAGCCAAUCCUGGAAGCAGCAAGCGAUGAAGCCAUUUCUUAAUUUCGUCAGAAGUGCAGCCCUGGAGGUGAUCCCAAGACUGAACCAAUCCGUAAGAGUGACUAAUGCAAUUAGCUAGCAAUGUGUGAGAUCAUGUCAAACAAGCCCGUCCUAAUCAUGUUUACUCAGAGGUAAAUUCCGCUGAUUUCCGAGAGAAAUGUAAGCAUGUUUGGGAGCGGAGCCCAGCCCUUGAGUCCUGUAACAUUUCACAUCCAAAGGAAGGGACGAUGCAACUGAGAUGGGGCAGAGCAGGGGCAGAGCAGGGGCAGAGUGCCUCCACAGGAAGGGCAGCCAGGGAAGUCUUUGCUGGGAGAUCUGCACUACCGGCAGUUAUGUUAAGACUUUGCAGAAAUCAGCCUGUUUUCCUUUGUUUUUUUUAAUACCAAAUAAAUUUUGGAUAUACAACGUG